CACAACGGCUAUUAAUCUCUUCCGGCGACUCUCCUUAUCUCCCCACCCUAUCUCUCUAACCUCUAAGGAACCCUAGAAUCCCAAUUCCCGCUUCUCAAGCAACCCUAGCUCUCUCGCAUGGCCGCACUCCUCUCAGUUCCGAGACGCUACUCCCCCGCGCCUUUCAGCACCUUCUCGUCGCCUUGGAGGUCGCCGAGGAGAUCUGCUUGGGUUCCCCGCCCGGGGUUUCGGUGCUCCUCAUCGAGGCCUGCGCGGAGGGAUAUUGCUGGUGAAGAGAGAAAGAGUUCAUUUGAUCUUAAGAAGUGCGCGUUGUCUGUAGCACUUGCAUUUGAAUUGGUAUUAGGUGUUCCACAGUUUGGUUUUCCUGCAUAUGCAACUCCUUCAGGUCCUGUGUUGCCUGACCUUUCUGUGCUAAUUUCUGGACCACCUAUUAAGGAUCCUGGUGCAUUGUUAAGAAAUGCUCUGCCCAUUGACAACAAAGCUAUCAGGGAAGUUCAAAAGCCACUUGAAGAUAUAACUGACAGCCUCAAAAUUGCUGGUGUCAAAGCAUUGGAUUCAGUUGAGCGGAAUGUGAGGCAGGCUUCCCGUGCGCUCAACCAAGGAAGAAAAUUUAUUAUUGCCGGUGUGGCUGAGUCAAAGAAAGCCCAUGGAGAGGAAUUGCUAAACAAAUUAGCUGUUGGCAUGGAGGAACUCCAACGUAUUGUUGAGGAAAGGAAUAGGGAUGCGGUGGCUCCAAAGCAAAAGGAGUUGCUUAAUUAUGUUGGGGGUGUUGAAGAGGAUAUGGUGGAUGGUUUCCCAUAUGAAGUGCCAGAGGAGUACAAAAACAUGCCCCUUUUGAAAGGGAGAGCAACGGUGGAUAUGAAGGUUAAGGUUAAAGACAAUCCCAAUGUGCAAGAUUGCAUCUUUCGGAUUGUUCUGGAUGGUUACAAUGCUCCUGUUACAGCAGGCAAUUUCAUUGACUUGGUGGAAAGGCACUUCUAUGAUGGAAUGGAGAUUCAGAGAUCCGAUGGUUUUGUAGUUCAGACUGGAGAUCCUGAAGGCCCGGCAGAAGGUUUUAUUGAUCCAAGCACAGAAAAAGUUAGAACUAUUCCUUUAGAAAUCAUGGUCAUUGGUGAUAAAACGCCUGUGUAUGGUGCGACCUUAGAAGAACUUGGUCUUUACAAAGCCCAAACAAGACUUCCUUUCAAUGCAUUUGGAACAAUGGCAAUGGCUAGAGAAGAAUUUGAGAACAAUUCAGCUUCCAGCCAAGUAUUUUGGCUUCUCAAAGAGAGUGAAUUGACUCCAAGCAAUGCAAAUAUUCUGGAUGGAAGAUAUGCAGUUUUUGGUUAUGUUACAGAGAAUGAAGAUUACCUUGCUGAUCUGAAGGUCGGCGAUGUCAUCGAAUCCAUUCAAGUUGUUUCAGGCCUUGAUAAUCUUGUCAAUCCAAGCUAUAAGAUUAUUGCAGGCUAACAAAUCUCCUUUUAUGUUUUGUAAUAAGCUAUAUUUGACAUUUUUUCUUUCUCAUCUUUCCACAAUUCCCUUCAUUGAGAUGUUCUUUUAUGUACUACUACUGUAUUCCAAUGGUUUUUCAAUGCAGAGUGAAUUCUUUCUUCUUGACAACUAAA